CAGAAAGCAAUGGCAACUCCUCUCUGGAAUAAAAGUGGAUCGCUAGCGGCUGAUUGCAAACCAGGAUAUGCUACAUGUUCACUGCCACUAACAAUGACCAUGACCCUUCACACAAAAACCUCUGGUGUUGCCUUGUUGCACCAGAUACAAGGCACUGAACUAGAGACGCUGAGCAGACCUCAGCUGAAGAUUCCCCUGGAACAACCGCUCAGCGAAAUGUAUGUGGAGAGCAGCAAAACUGGAGUUUUCAGCUACCCAGAAAGCACCAGUUACGAUUUUUCCACCGCUGCACAACCAGUGUACAGCUCAGCCAGCCUCAGUUAUGCCCCUACGCCGGAAACAUUUGGGUCCAACAGCCUGGGAGGGUUUCCCUCUCUGAAUAACGUUCCUCCUAGCCCUGUUGUGUUUUUACAGACAGCACCACAGCUCUCACCUUUUAUUCAUCACAACCAGCAGGUACCGUACUACCUUGAGAAUGAACCGGGAAACUUUUCAAUGAGGGAUGCUGAUCCCUCAGUUUUCUACAGGCCAGGCUCAGAUAACAGACGUCACAGUGGCAGACAGCAGAUGGCUUGCACCAGCGAGAAGGGAAGCUUGUCCAUGGAAUCCGCCAAGGAGACCCGCUUCUGUGCUGUGUGUAAUGACUAUGCGUCAGGCUACCAUUACGGUGUUUGGUCCUGCGAGGGCUGCAAAGCCUUCUUCAAAAGAAGUAUCCAAGGUCACAAUGACUACAUGUGUCCUGCUACCAACCAGUGCACCAUUGACAAGAACCGAAGGAAAAGCUGCCAAGCGUGUAGGCUGCGAAAAUGCUAUGAAGUUGGAAUGAUGAAAGGUGGGAUUCGGAAAGACCGCAGAGGUAGCCGAAUGCUGAAACACAAGCGGCAAAGAGAUGAGCAUUAUGGCAAGACUGGAGGCGUUGCGCUUGAAUCAAGAAGCCCAACACUUUGGCCAGGCCCCCUGGUGAUUAAACAUACCAAGAAAAAUAGUCCGGCCCUGUCUCUCACCGCAGACCAGAUGGUCAGUGCCUUGCUAGAUGCUGAGCCACCCGUUGUCUAUUCAGAAUAUGACCCUGGCAGGCCUUUCAAUGAAGCUUCUAUGAUGUCACUGUUGACUAACCUUGCUGACAGAGAGCUGGUACACAUGAUCAACUGGGCCAAAAGAGUACCAGGUUUUGUGGAUUUAGCACUCCAUGAUCAGGUACAUCUACUGGAAUGUGCUUGGCUAGAGAUAUUGAUGAUUGGCUUAUGCUGGCGUUCAAUGGAACACCCUGGAAAGCUGCUGUUUGCUCCUAACCUAUUAUUAGACAGGAAUCAAGGGAAAUGUGUUGAAGGCAUGGCAGAAAUAUUUGACAUGCUGCUGGCCACUGCGACUCGGUUUCGAAUGAUGAAUCUUCAGGGGGAAGAAUUCGUGUGCCUUAAAUCCAUCAUUCUACUGAAUUCUGGCAUCUACACAUUUCUUUCCAGCAGCUUAAGAUCGUUGGAAGAAAAAGACCACAUUCAUCGUGUGCUAGAUAAAAUCACAGACACCUUGACCCAUUUGAUGGCCAAGUCAGGCCUCUCUCUGCAGCAACAGCAUAGACGAUUGGCUCAGCUUCUCCUCAUCCUUUCCCACUUUAGGCACAUGAGCAAUAAGGGAAUGGAGCACCUGUACAACAUGAAGUGCAAGAAUGUGGUCCCUCUGUAUGAUUUAUUGCUAGAGAUGCUAGAUGCCCACCGUCUGCAUGCCCGUGCCACACGGAGCACACCCCAGGGAGAAGAAGAGUCUAUGAACCAAGUGGCAACUACAUCCACUUCAACGCAUUCCUUGCAGCCCUGCUAUGUGAACAAAAUGGAAGAUGAGAAUGAGCAACAAGCAAUAUGAGAGGCCCCAUUUCAAACAGCCUAUAGGUUUCUGAGAAUCCCAUCAGAAAGCUACCUACUUCGGGCUUAGCUGAACUGGUACCAUGUGUGUAAGCACUCCAAUGCUCACCAAUCACCAGUGA